CAACUACGCCGCAAAACUGCUGAAACGAAGGCGGCACACUGUACGCAAGACGGGGCGGGGAAACACCGAGAGAUAUCUCUGUCGUGAUAUUAAAGUGAGUUCUUACCUGUGCAAAUGGGCAGUAUACAAAGAGACCCAUCACUUUACAUGGCAAGAAAUGGCUUCGCAAAACAGAAAAAUCCUUCCAGCGAGGGGAAAAAUUGCUUCACGUAGCUCACCUCUCAGUCAACCAUCUGAUAUAAGGUCUGAUGGUCAAUCCACUUCACUUUUUGGCUUUGAGAAUGCAUGCUUUGGGCCGAGUCAGAAAUCACCUUCCCCAUCGGUAUUGCCACAAACCUCGCAGCGCUCUGGGAUAUCACCUAAGGUGUACAAUGAAUACAGCUCCCCUUCAAUGCCGCCUGCAAACACUGGAUAUCUAGAGAGCUCUCGUUCUUCAGCCUAUCCCAACCGAUCUCAUCUCGAAACAAGAUUUGGACAAAGACUAUCACCAUUUUCUACGUCCAGAGCUGACAGCGACUCUGAAGAACCUAUUCCAUCCAUUGAGAAGGACACACCAGCACCGGCCAAUGGGCAACUUGCACGGAUUGAGAGUCCUGAAUCAUCACGUGGAAGUCUUGAGAGCGAGGAACUGAACCACAGUUUUCGGAAUUGUGAGAUUGGAACGCCUGGGGGUCUAUCUACACCUCUCCCAGAGUAUAGAACACCAACCCCUUCUAUCAGCGUUGAACCAGCUACUCUUUCAGAGAAAUCCGGUCAUUUGUACUCUGCAGGGUCUAUACAUCUUCCUGGAGUGUUCGGUGAUCUUCGGAUAGGAAGUUCACCACCAGAGCCUUCGAGCCCAUUCGCAGCGAGCCGAGGCCGGUGCAUAUCCCCUUCAGUUCACUCCCGGUCGAAUUCAAAUCAAAAUAGGCCAGUCUAUCGGGUUGAAGAUGAAGAACCACCAGAAGCCAUGUUUUACACUGGUAAGGUACAAGACGCUUUACAGACUGGGAAGACUAUCAUGUCUAAGAUGAUGGAUCUCCUUUCCAAUCACGAUUCAGGUAGAGAGGCCAAACCUGCUGUUCAGAACCUUUUUCAACAAGCUUCUGAGCUGGGCAAAUUUGAGCUCCAUUCAUCGCGUACUGUUGGACUUAUUGGAGAUAUAGGUGUUGGAAAGAGCAGUACAAUCAACUCCUUGCUCGAUCUUGGAAGCCUUGCUAGAGAAGGUUCUAACGGGGGGGCAUGCACUUCCGUUGCUACCGAAUACCAUUAUCACGCCAGAGAUGAUUUUGUCGUUGAAGUAAACUACUUUGACGAAGAAGAACUUCGACUGCAAUACGAAGAAAUGCUGCGAGUAUACAGAAAUCAUACAUUUUCACAGUACCAGGAUGACAAGAUCACACGAGAUGAUGAUAACAGCAAAGAAGGCAGUGCAACUAUCGCGAUCACAAUCUUGAAGGAAAGCUUUGGCGAGAAGCUCAACAGCACGCCCUCAAUUCUUUCUGAACUUGAUUUUUUUGAUGCCAUCAACGAGCUCGUAUGCUGGGCUUCGCUGCUGCUUAAAUCGCAUUCUAAUAGCAAGCGAAUGUCAUUCGUCAGAGUAGAAGAUUGCUCGGCUAAAUUAGUUGAGCUUACUUCUCCAAGGUCAACAUUUUCACAAGCUCACAUGAGCGUUCCAGCAUGCCCGUGGCCGUUUAUAAAGAAUUUGAAGGUUUAUUCGAAGAGCUACAUUCUCAGCCAAGGACUGAUCCUUGUGGAUCUCCCAGGACUUCGCGAUUCAAAUUUGGCACGGCAAAACGUCACUGAGCGUUACAUCAGAAAUUGUGAUCACAUUCUUGUUGUUGCUGAUAUCGGGAGAGCAGUCGCCCACCAGAGUGUGAAAGAGAUCUUUGAAACGGCUGAACGGGGCAAAUUGCACAACAUUAGUGUAGUUUGCACAAAGUCUGAAUUGAGUAAUACCUGUUGCUUUUCAAUGGAAUUUUGCUAAUAGUACACAGUCUGUCAAGGCUC